UGUCCCAAAAGGAAAUGUGUUGGCUACUUAGACCAAGAGGCUUCAUGGGGUGAUUUCACUUGGAACAGCAUGUCAGGGCGCAGCGUUCGGCUGAAGUCAGUUCCCGUUCAAAGCCUCUCGGAGCUGGAGCGUGCUCGGCUGCAGGAAGUGGCUUUUUAUCAGUUGCAGCAGGACUGUGACCUGGGCUGUCAGAUUACUAUCCCCAAAGAUGGACAAAAGAGGAAGAAGUCAUUAAGAAAGAAACUGGACUCUUUAGGAAAGGAGAAGAACAGAGACAAAGAAUUUAUUCCCCAGGCUUUUGGAAUGCCUUUGUCUCAAGUGAUUGCUAAUGACCGGGCCUACAAGCUCAAGCAAGACUCUCAGAGAGACGAGCAAAAAGAUGUUUCAGAUUUUGUGGCCUUUCUCUUGCCAUUCGGAGCUAAAAGACAGAACAAGGAACUUUCAAGCAGUAACUCAUCUCUCAGCUCAACGUCAGAAACACCCAACGAAUCCACGUCCCCGAACACGCCCGAGCCAGCGCCGCGAGCCAGGAGGCGGGGCGCGAUGUCUGUGGACUCUAUUACAGACCUUGAUGACAAUCACUCAAGGCUGUUGGAGGCUCUCCAGCUCUCUUUGCCAGCAGAAGCCCAGAGCAAGAAAGAAAAGGCAAGAGAUAAGAAACUAAGCCUGAACCCUAUUUACAGGCAGGUCCCCCGGCUUGUAGAUAGUUGCUGCCAGCACUUGGAAAAGCAUGGUCUCCAGACAGUAGGAAUAUUCAGAGUUGGAAGCUCAAAAAAGAGAGUAAGACAGUUACGUGAAGAGUUUGACCGAGGCGUAGAUGUUGUAUUAGAUGAAGAGCACAGCAUUCACGAUGUUGCUGCCUUGUUAAAGGAAUUUCUGCGUGACAUGCCUGACCCACUUCUCACCAGAGAGCUUUAUACACCUUUCAUCAACACUCUCUUAUUAGAGCCAGAUGAACAGCUCAGCACCUUACAGCUUCUCAUUUAUCUUCUACCUCCUUGUAACUGCGAUACCCUUCACCGGCUGCUGCAGUUCCUCUCCACAGUGGCUGGCCAUGCAGAAGACACCAGAGACAAGGAUGGCCAAGAGAUUACUGGGAACAAAAUGACAUCUCUUAACCUGGCCACCAUCUUUGGCCCUAACUUGUUGCACAAGCAGAAAACUACAGACAAGGAAUUCUCUGUUCAGAGCUCAGCUCGAGCUGAAGAGAGUACUGCUAUCAUAGCUGUUGUGCAAAAGAUGAUUGAAAACUAUGAAACCCUUUUCAUGGUUUCCCCUGAUUUACAGAAUGAAGUGCUUAUUAGCUUAUUAGAGACUGACCCAGAUGUUGUGGACUAUUUGCUGAGGAGGAAAGCUUCCCAGUCAUCGAGCCCUGAAAUGCUGCGGUCAGAAGGUUCCUACUCCACAGGAGAAAGACAUUCUUCCACAGACUCCAACAAAGCUUCCAGUGGUGAUGUCUCCCCUUACGACAACAACUCCCCGGUGCUGUCGGAGCGCUCGCUGCUGGCAAUGCAAGAAGAAGUUGCUCGCAGCCCAGAUAAGCUGUACAAGGUACCUGAGCAGUACACACUGGUUGGACACUUGCAAACUAAGCCAAAGGAGAAUUCUUCUGCAUCACAGGCUGCAAAAGAUGUUUCUGAAGAUCAUUUUGAUAUCUGGGGCACUUGGCAUUCGACGCUGAAAAGCGGCUGCAAAGAUCCAGUAAUCACAGGCUCUUACGGGAACAUCUUCGAGAGCGGCGCGCUGCGGCCCGGCCCGUGCUCCCUGUCGCAGGGGAACCUGGCCGCGAGCGCCCCCCGCCGGCAGGGCGGCCCCUGGGCGCCGGAGGGCGGCCGGCAGCUCAUGCGGAGGAGCCAGACCACGGCCGCCAUCCCCGAGUGCCAGCUCCAGCCGCUGCUGGCCCGGGGCUGCGGUGACCCGCACGCCGAGAGCGGCUGCAGGAGCUCAGAGCUGUCCCACUCCAGGUCGGAGCAGCUCUUGACUUUGAGCGGUGCGGAGGACCUCAGUGAGCACGGCUCCAGCGCGGGCUGUUUGCAAAGCACAGCCGAGCCCUCCUACAGGAAAGAGCGGCCGCCGCCGCCUUACCCAGGCCCAGCAAAAACAAGCUCUGCCUCGCCGCAGCGGCCGAGCGUUUCCUCAACGCUGCACUCCGUGUGGAGACUCCAGCGGCCAGAGAAGAGUUCUGGGCCGAGAGCAGCUGCGGGGCCGCCGGGCAGAGCCCCCGGCCCGGCCCCCCACGGCCACAGCCACAGCCCCAGCCACAGCCCCAGCCACAGCCACGACAGCGGCCGCGCCGCGGGCGCGGACUGGAGCGAGUGGCAGCGGGAGCGGUGGCACAUCUGGGAGCUGCUGUCGGCCGAUAACCCCGACGCGCUCCCGGAAACCCUCGUGUGAUCUGACUGUGAACUGCCGCUCCCGCCCCGGCCUCCGUCUCACAGGAAAACAGGGAGGGCUUGUUUGUUUUAUACCGACUGAAUAUUGCGUAUACUUUUUUAAAACUUUGUUCACUUUAAUUUCUUAACAGCACUGUCAAGCAAUUAAUUUACAAAUGCAGUAUGUUCCUGUUUUUCAGCAAGCUUUUGAGAAAAAACAAGCUGCAGAGCCGUUUGUGGGCAGCGGGUGGCAAUGUACUGCAGCGUUCCAGAGAAAUUCCUCCUUAGCACUCCAUAAGGGAAAG